AUGAAAAAUAAUAGCAAUAAAAGCGGGAUACCGCGCGAAACAGUGACACUGAUUCUCAAAGAGGAGCGAUUCGAGGUUGAGAAGCAAAAACUGAUCGACAAGAGUCAUUAUUUUGCUGCGCUUUUGUCCGCGAACUUUCUAGAAUAUGGACAGACGGAACACGUUAUCAAUUACGACAUUUCCUCGAUUUUGUUGCAGGAUUUUAUUGAUUGGGUUCACAACGACAAAAUUGCAUUUACAUCUGCAACAAGUUAUGAUUUUGAAGAACUUGAUCGUCUCUUGGAUCUGUUGGAAUUAAGUGGUGUAUUUACGGCAGAUACCUUACAACACUUAUUAGUAGAAGAUUUAACCAACAGGCUUGAGAGACAUUAUUUUACGCCACCAAAAAUUGCAAUUAGAGCUUGGUCAUUGGCACAAGAUUUGAAUAUUAACGUGCUACGAGAUCUUUCUUUGGCUCUUUGCUUAGAUCGUUUCAACGAACUACCACUUGAUUCAAUUUGUGAGUUGUCAAAGGAAAAUUUUCUGAAGUUAGUCGGAAACAUUAAUGUAAGAGCUACAAGGUCUUAUUUGCAUCAAAUUAAACGUGAGUGGAUAAAACAUCAUCAAGAUUUUAGCUUUCCUUUAAACAUCAUAGAGAAUAACAAAGUAAAAUAUUUACACGCUAUUAUAACUUUUGGACAUAAUAACCGUGAACAAUAUAUUCAUUGCUGGGAUGGUAAAGAUCUUUUAGAACUAACCUCAUUCGAAUAUCCCACAGAUAUUAUUGAACGUUGUUCCAACCCUGGUAGACCUCUUAAAGGAAUGCAAAUCACUGCGAGAAGAUACGAUUUAUAUCUUUGCGGUGGAGAAUAUGAUUAUUUAGGAUCAGGAAAGUUUAACAAAAAUAUAUGGCGUUAUUCUUUGACAUCUAAGAAAUGGUUUUUUGAGACAGUUAUGCCAGUUGAAAGAAGACAUAUGAUUACCGUGUAUUUGAAAAACAAAUUGUAUCUUGUGGGCGGUGUGGGACGGGAUAGAAAUGCACUGGACACUGUCGAUAUCUACGAUAUUUAUACAGGUGAUUUUACUUAUUGUUAUAAAUAUUUUCCUGAUAAAGAUGUAUGGAAAGAGAUAUAUUUGGGAGAUAUUUGUGAAUUAAGUAGUAUAAAAUACUCUUUACCUGAUACACCAAUACUGGCUCUUCAAACUAUGUCAUGUUACAUUGAUGUCGUUCACCCAGAUGAAAUGGUUUUAAAAGUUGUCACAGAUACAUGCAACGUGAAAG